UCUAGUUGGGCCGCGUUAGAGUUCCAGCCCCUCUCACAUCCCCCAGGCCAAUCAGUUAGUUUUGUCCCCCCAGGACUACGCCCCUCAUUCAAGCUCCUCCCCCCGCCCAAUCACGUCAGUCUCUCCUCCUGAGUCCCGCCCCUCGAGGACACGCCCCUUUAUCCCCGCCCCCCGGCCAAUGCUGAGCUCAGUCUGUGUUUCGUCCUUCCGCGGGCGCCAGGGGGCCAGCAAGCAGCAGCCGGCGCCACCGCUGCAGCCGCCCGAGUCCCCGCCGCUGCUGCCCCCGCCACUGCCAUCAGCGCCGCUGCAGCAGCAGCAGCCUGCGCAGCCCGGCUCCGCCGCGUCCCCGGCGGGCCCUCCGGCACCCCACGGGCCCGGGGGCCAGCGCGCCGAGCCAUGCCCCGGGCUGCCGGCGGCGGCCAUGGGGCGGCACGGCGGCGGCGGUGGCGACAGCGGCAAGAUCGUGAUCAACGUGGGCGGCGUGCGCCAUGAGACGUACCGCUCGACGCUGCGUACUCUGCCGGGGACGCGGCUGGCAGGCCUCACGGAGCCGGAGGCGGCCGCGCGCUUCGACUACGACCCCGGCGCCGACGAAUUCUUCUUCGACCGGCACCCGGGAGUCUUCGCCUACGUGCUCAACUACUACCGCACCGGGAAACUGCACUGCCCAGCCGACGUGUGCGGGCCUCUCUUUGAGGAGGAACUCGGUUUCUGGGGCAUCGACGAGACCGACGUGGAGGCCUGCUGCUGGAUGACCUACCGGCAGCACCGCGAUGCUGAGGAGGCCCUGGAUUCCUUCGAGGCACCGGAUCCCGCAGGCGCCGCUAAUGCCGCCAAUGCCGCGGGAGCCCACGAGGGAGGCCUGGACGACGAGGCGGGUGCGGGCGGCGGCGGCCUGGACGGUGCGGGCGGCGAGCUCAAGCGCCUCUGCUUCCAGGACGCGGGCGGCGGCGCCGGGGGGCCGCCGGGGGGCGCGGGCGGCGCGGGCGGCACGUGGUGGCGCCGCUGGCAGCCCCGCGUGUGGGCGCUCUUCGAGGACCCCUACUCGUCGCGGGCCGCCAGGUAUGUGGCCUUCGCCUCCCUCUUCUUCAUCCUCAUCUCCAUCACCACCUUCUGCCUGGAGACCCACGAGGGCUUCAUCCACAUCAGCAACAAGACAGUGACGCAGGCCUCUCCAAUCCCUGGGGCUCCGCCAGAGAAUAUCACCAAUGUGGAGGUGGAGACAGAGCCUUUCCUGACCUACGUGGAGGGUGUGUGUGUGGUCUGGUUCACCUUCGAGUUCCUCAUGCGCAUCACCUUCUGCCCAGACAAGGUGGAGUUUCUCAAGAGCAGCCUCAACAUCAUUGACUGUGUUGCCAUUCUGCCCUUUUAUCUGGAGGUGGGCCUGUCGGGCCUCAGCUCCAAGGCCGCCAAAGAUGUGCUAGGCUUCCUGCGUGUUGUGCGUUUUGUCCGCAUCCUGCGCAUCUUCAAGCUGACCCGCCACUUCGUGGGAUUGCGUGUGCUGGGCCACACGCUCCGUGCCAGUACCAACGAGUUCCUGCUGCUCAUCAUCUUCCUGGCCCUGGGGGUGCUUAUCUUUGCCACCAUGAUCUACUAUGCUGAGCGCAUUGGCGCUGACCCUGAUGACAUCCUGGGCUCCAACCACACCUACUUCAAGAACAUCCCCAUUGGCUUCUGGUGGGCCGUGGUCACCAUGACGACCCUGGGCUAUGGAGACAUGUACCCCAAGACAUGGUCAGGGAUGCUGGUCGGGGCAUUGUGUGCUCUGGCAGGGGUGCUCACCAUCGCCAUGCCUGUGCCUGUCAUUGUCAACAACUUUGGCAUGUACUAUUCACUGGCCAUGGCCAAGCAGAAGCUGCCCAAGAAGAAGAACAAACAUAUCCCCCGGCCCCCACAGCCUGGCUCACCCAACUACUGCAAGCCCGACCCACCCCCCCCACCGCCACCCCACCCUCACCAUGGCAGUGGCGGCAUCAGUCCACCACCGCCUAUCACUCCACCCUCCAUGGGGGUGACUGUGGCUGGGGCCUACCCCCCAGGGCCCCACACACACCCUGGGCUGCUCAGGGGGGGAGCAGGGGGGCUGGGAAUCAUGGGGCUGCCUCCCCUGCCAGCCCCUGGUGAGCCUUGCCCCUUGGCUCAGGAGGAGGUGAUUGAGAUCAACCGGGCAGAUCCCCGCCCCAAUGGAGAUCCAGCAGCAGCUGCACUUGCCCACGAGGACUGCCCAGCCAUUGACCAGCCCGCCAUGUCUCCAGAGGACAAGAGCCCCAUCACACCUGGAAGCAGGGGCCGCUACAGCCGGGACCGGGCCUGCUUCCUCCUCACUGACUAUGCCCCUUCCCCUGAUGGCUCCAUCCGAAAAGCCACUGGUGCUCCCCCACUGCCCCCCAUAGACUGGCGUAAGCCAGGCCCCCCAAGCUUCUUGCCCGACCUCAACGCCAACGCUGCAGCCUGGAUAUCCCCCUAGUGGAUGAACCCCCUCCCCCCAGGCUCUUGUCACCGCCUGAGACCUCGCGAGACCCUCGGUCCCCCCCUGCCCCUUCCCCCCAGGUUAGCAAUUGGGAAUGGGUGGGAGGGGGUGUCCCCAAGAUACUGGAAUUCAAACCCCCUCUCCCCGCCCCAGCCCUCACUCCUGCAGUCAAGACACCGGUGUCCAGACAUCCCCCUUACCAUUGCCUAAAAAAGCCCCAGAGCUCCCCCGAGAGGCUGGCACGCGCAGACAGCUCCCGGAUCCCAGAUCCCAUCAGCUAGGGAGGCUCUGUUGGAAACUUCCCCUCAGGCAUC